CAGAAAUUUAGCUCAUCUUUUUUUCGGCGAGAAUUAAUUAUUUUAUUUGUUAUGACCAAAAAACCUCCUCGUCCGAAACGUACGCGUUCGAAAACACGAACCGUUAGGGCUCGUACGCCCAACGGUUAUAUCUAUUUUUAUAAAAUUUAUUCCAAAAUAUUAAAAAACGACAAUCCUCAGUUGUUAUCUUGGCAAAUCGGCCGACUUACCGGACAAAUGUGGCGAGAAAAUCUUUCGUGUUAUCUAAAAAACGAAUUUAUAAAGUAUGCGAAAGAUGAAUAUAAAAUUCGAAAUUUUUACUCCACGGUCGUACCACCUAGUUCGACCAACAUUAUGAACUUCGAUCGAUCUUCUGAAGAAGAGUUAUUAGAGUUAUUCGAAAAAUAUAUUCAAUAUCCGCCGAAUCCGCCGUAUUAAAAAUUCGAAUAAUUUAUUUCAUGAAAUCA